AUGGCACCGGCAACAGUCAGAAGGGCUCCGUAUAAGGACUUUCUGCAGCCUGCGCUGCACAGGCGAUUUUCCUCUACCGCUACUAUUCUGCUUGCUAUUUCUUAUUUGCAAGCCAUCCUCCUCUCGGGUUGGAGCUCUUACUUUUGGUCCUGGUUCCCCAUUGGCCCCGCAGGCUUUCGAACACUGUUCCUCUUCACCUGCGGUCUCUCGAUCUUGAUCCUACGCAUUGCCCAGUACCACGUCGGCGCCCGCGCCUCCAACUCGACCUUCCACGCGUUCGCGCAAUUCUUUUUUAGCAUUCACACUCUCGAGGCUUUCCUCUUCUACGGGUUCUCGAGCGCUCUAUUCAGUCAUGUUUACCUCUGGGCCCUGCCGGAGAGCGCCAACUUGGGAUGGGUCACAUACUAUAGUGGGGACCGCGCCCGCGUGAACGAGAGAACGUUGAUCUUCUUCUGCUACAUGGCCGUCAGCGCCGCUGUUCAGUCGAUUUUCCACUUCUACCAAGACCAAGACAAGCUCAUCAUCGAUGUCGCGCGGUCUGAGGGAGGCGAAGUCAAGGUUUCUGGGGAUGCUUCGCUGAAUAAGGUCUUGGGCGAAGUCCCUGCGAUCCUUAUCCAGUCUGGCGUCAGAAGUAUCAGCACCACUAUUGUCGCCGGAGUGGUAUACUUCAUGGCAUUGCGAUCGUUCUUCUGGGGCUGGGCUUUGUUCUUCUUGCGACCUUUCUAUAACCUUCCGAAAACCAACAUGCUUCCGCCUCAGUGGCCCGGAGACAUCUACUUGAUGUUCCGAUGCGCGGUUGCUGGCUUCCUGAUCACCGCCAUCUGGAAGACAGCCAAUCAUGCGUUUUCGACGUUCAUGGUUAAGGCGCCUCUCAAGAACGGCAAGCCUCUCACGAGUGAAUCCAAGGAUCCAAACGGCAGUCUUCUGAAUGGUCUUAAGAGCAAGAAGGACUCCGUUCGGUGCUUUGCCCUCUGGGAAUUGGCAUACAUUGCUCGUAACGAAGAAGGCAGACGCAAGGCCAUCUUCAUGGAUAUCGACCGUAAAGAUGGUUCUACGUGGUCUCAGAUAUUCAUUUACUGCCUGACUACCAUCAAGAGUAUCGAACAAAGAAUCGAUCAGUACGGAAAGCCCGCGGCUGUGCCGGCUGCCCCAGCGCCAACUGCGGAAGUCCGAGCUCGGUCUUCAGCGCCAUUGAAGGAGGACCCUAUUUUCACUAGCAAGCCCGCGAACAAGACGAUGCGCGGCGAGCUGGAAAAGGCCCUCACCCAGGUGGGAAGCCACCCCGGCCAUUCACCAGUGUCGCAGCUGAGCCCUAUCGCGAAGAAGACGCUGCGCGGGGCCCGUGACAAGGUUCUGAGCAAGGAGCAGCAAGAGGCGCUGUCUUCUCCUCAACUAAUGAACCAGUUCCAGACAUGGGCGCUGAAGGUUAUUGGCAAUGAGUACGUUGGCUGGAUAUUUCGCCAAGAGUUCCGCAACCGCCUCACCGCCGUUAUCCUCGGAACGCCGUACUCAGAACUGAGCCAGUACGUCAACGCUGUUGAUGUGCUCAGCUUGUUGGCCGUUCACAGUCUCAAUGAUGAUAAUUACGGCAGGGUACAAAAGGAUGUUCCUACCAUCAUCCGCACCUUUACAACCGUCAUCACCAAGAUUGAGGCAUUCAAGGACAGCUUUCCCGUUCACUGGACCGAUAUUGAGAAGGAUAGAACUGCGCCCGAGGUGGAAGCAGUGAUUGCAGCCUUGAAGACGGGCUUGGCCCAAGUGAUUGCGGAGUUUGAACGAUACAGCAGCGACUUGAGGUUGACUCGCACGGAUAUCAGACUGGCCAAGGAGGCGGCAGCCCAACAGAUACUUCCCACGAGUGAAGUCAGAUCCCAAGGACCCGAGAUGCAGCAAGCCCGCUAG